AUGGGUUCCCACAUAUCCCCCUUUGCCAUCAUCGUCGGCGGUGGUCCCAGUGGUCUUUUACUUGCUCUUCUCCUUGGCCGUCGAGGCAUUUCAGUCCAGCUGCUCGAAGCAGCAGCAAAGCUAGAUGAUCGCCCACGAGCCACCCAUUAUUCUGCCCCGGCAGUCGCUGAACUUGGGAGAGCUGGUCUCAUCCAAGAUCUGCGUGCCCAGGGAGGCUUCACACCUAAUGGCGUAUGUUGGCGAAAGCUCAAUGGCGAGAUUAUCGCAGGCCUUCCCGGGGCGGAUCCAGACGAACCGAAUGCCAUGAUAUGUCUGCCAUUGAACCAAGUGAACGAGGUGAUGCUGAAACAUCUGCCUCAGUAUCCGUCCGUAUCCAUACACUACGAUCACAAAGUUAUUGGCGUCGACCAGAGUGACACCGUGGCGUGGGUCACUGUCGAAACACCGGAGGGAAUCAAGACUCUCGAAGCGACGUACAUUAUCGGGUGCGAUGGGGCGAAUAGUCAGAUUCGUCGCUCUCUAUUUGGCGAUAGAGAAUUUCCCGGCUUCACCUGGGAGGAACAGCUGGUGGCAACCAACACUUACUACCCCUUUGAGGAAUUCGGAUAUGAUCGAGACUCGAACUUCAUCAUUGAUUCCACAAAUUGGUAUAUGGCAGCGCGCAUCUCAAACGAUGGGCUGUAUCGGAUUACCUAUGGCGAGCUCCCCGGGUUAACCCUGGAGGAGUUGAAAAAGCGUCAAGCCAGCAAGUUCCGAGAAAUGCUCCCUGGUCAUCCAGAGCCCGAUUCCUACCAGAUAGUCAACUUCAGUCCGUACAAAGUUCACCAGCGGUUGUCUAAGAAGAUGCGUGUUGGUCGAGUUCUCCUAGCCGCUGAUGCAGCACACUUGUGUAACCCAUUUGGUGGAUUCGGCCUUAUGGGUGGCCUCGUUGACGUGGGUGGUUUGUUUGACUGUCUCGCUGGCAUCUACGAUGGUGUAGCAAACGACAGCAUAUUAGACAAGUACGACAAGGUACGACGAGCAAUAUACGAACACGUGGUCAACCCUGUAUCGUGUGAUAAUCUCCGGCGAAUGUUUCAAAAAGAUCCGACGACUGCCUUACGGGACGAUGGAUUCUUGCAGAUGUGCAAAAAGGCCGAGACAGACCCUAGUAUCUUGAAGGCGUUUGCUGAGGGAGCCAACGCCCUCUGUUACGAUUUCACCCAACACUACCAUGCCAAGAGGUGA